UUCAAAGAAAGGGAAACCCUUUAUACACAUCAAAGAAUCCAUACAGGAGAGAGGCCUUAUAACUGCCUGGAGUGUGGAAAUAGUUUCAGUCGUAAGGGAAACCUUUAUACACAUCAAAGAAUCCAUUCAGAAGAAAAACCCUAUAAAUGCCUGGAUUGUGGAAAGAGUUUCAAAGAAAGGGAAACCCUUUAUACACAUCAAAGAAUCCAUACAGGAGAGAGGCCUUAUAACUGCCUGGAGUGUGGAAAUAGUUUCAGCUGUAAGGGAAACCUUUAUGCACAUCAAAGAAUCCAUUCAGGAGAAAAGCCAUAUAAUUGCUUGGAGUGUGGAAAAAGUUUCAGUUGCAGGGGAAAUCUUUAUACACAUCAAAAAAUCCAUUCAGGAGAGAAACCAUAUAAUUGCUUGGAGUGUGGAAAAAGUUUCAGUUGCAGGGGAAAUCUUUAUACACAUCAAAAAAUCCAUUCAGGAGAGAAACCAUAUAAUUGCUUGGAGUGUGGAAAAAGUUUCAGUUGCAGGGGAAAUCUUUAUACACAUCAAAAAAUCCAUUCAGGAGAGAAACCAUAUAAUUGCUUGGAGUGUGGAAAAAGUUUCAGUUGCAGGGGAAAUCUUUAUACACAUCAAAAAAUCCAUUCAGGAGAGAAACCAUAUAAUUGCUUGGAGUGUGGAAAAAGUUUCAGUUGCAGGGGAAAUCUUUAUACACAUCAAAAAAUCCAUUCAGGAGAGAAACCAUAUAAUUGCUUGGAGUGUGGAAAAAGUUUCAGUCAGAGGGGAAAUCUUUAUACACAUCAAAGAAUCCAUUCAGGAGAAAAACCCUAUAAAUGCCUGGAGUGCGGAAAAACAUUUACUGAGGGUGGAUCCUUCCGUCAACAUCAAAGAAUUCACACUGGAGAAAAACCACAUAAAUGUCUGGAGUGUGGAAAGAGUUUCAGUCAUAAGGGAAGCCUUUAUACACAUCAAAGAAUCCAUACAGGAGAGAAACCGUAUAAAUGCCUGGAGUGUGGAAGGAGCUUCAGUGAGAGGGGAAGCCUUCAUAGACAUGAACGAAUCCAUUCCGGAGAGAAACCAUAUAAAUGCUUGGAGUGCGGAAAGUGUUUCAUUAUAAAUGAAUAUCUUAAACGCCAUCAAAGAAUCCAUACAGGAGAGAGGCCUUAUAACUGCCUGGAGUGUGGACAGAGUUUCAGUCAGAGGGGAAGCCUUUCUGCACAUCAAAGAACCCAUUCAGGAGAAAAACCCUAUAAAUGCCUGGAGUGUGGAAAGAGCUUCAGUCUGAAGGAAAGCCUUUAUACACAUCAAAGAAUCCAUUCAGGAGAAAAACCCUAUAAAUGCCUGGAGUGUGGAAAGAGCUUCAGUCUGAAGGAAAGCCUUUAUACACAUCAAAGAAUCCAUUCAGGAGAAAAACCCUAUAAAUGCCUGGAGUGUGGAAAGAGCUUCAGUCUGAAGGAAAGCCUUUAUACACAUCAAAGAAUCCAUUCAGGAGAAAAACCCUAUACAUGUCUAGAGUGUGGAAGGAGCUUCAGUCAGAGGGGAAGCCUUUAUGCACAUCAAAGGACCCAUUCAGGAGAAAAACCCUAUACAUGCCUGGAGUGUGGAAGGAGCUUCAGUCAGAGGGGAAGCCUUUAUGCACAUCAAAGGAUCCAUUCAGGAGAAAAACCCUAGAAAUGCCCGGAGUGUGGAAAGAGUUUCAUUCACAGGGGAGACCUUUAUACACAUCAGAGAAUCCAUUCAGG